AUGGACCGCCCUGGACACCUCCUGGAAGAAAAGGCUCUAGCCGAUUUCCUUGGUGUCGAGGACGUGGACUAUGACAGUGGUAGUGAUACCAAAGUAGAUGGGGAGGAGCAAUUCAAGCCGAGCACACCUGUGCGUGGGGACAUUCCCCAUCCGGCACCUAAUCCGUGCCCCGAACGUAGUGCCGCGACUGCGCUAAUAGCGCUAAGAGCAAUGUCCCACAUGGAUACAUCCAUUAUCAUUAACUCGCUUGAUGAGGAGCAACAUUGCAUGCUCGAUCAAGCGGCAAGCGCACGGCGCAAGUCAGAAGUGUUGCCAAUGUUUCCACGACACAGUGAACAUACGUUCACUCCACCUAGCGUGGAAGAACUAAUUUGUCAAGCGUCACGCCAUACUUUGGCAACAUGGGCCACCAGCCCCGAGGCGAAAACGCCCACCGAAGUCUAA